UUGAGUGUUAUUUCUUGUGGUAAUCAUGUGUUUGUGGAACUACUAUGUACGAUAUCACAGUGCAGUGUAAGCACAAAGAACACUCAUUGCUCACCAUUCGAUAGAGCUGUUCUCAAAAAUACACUUUCCUUUCUGUCCGUGUCAAACGAUCACAGUACACCGGGCCUUAAAACGACCUCUUCGGUAUGCUGCGAUGAGGCAAGCGGUCGCCAUUAUGGCGUUGUUGCAUGUUUCGGUUGCAAGGGUUUUUUUCGGCGAACGGUGAGAUUAGAUGUUGUUUCAUAUACAAUUUCUUGCAGUUAUAUUUCAGCUGGACGAAACGUUUGUCGUUCAUGCCGAUAUAAGAAAUGUCUCGACGUGGGAAUGGAACCAGACGCAAUAAGGCCUGACCGCGAUAAAACUGGUCGGCAGAAGAAUCCACGUCGAAAUGUUGUUAUGAAGAAACUUUCUGGCACUUCGAUGAUCAACGAUUUACCAUGCGUGAAUAAAAGGGACGAUUCUGAUGAAAAUCCUACAUCUCCCUCAUCAUGUGCCGAAUCAGCGCCAGCUGUAGAUAGUCAACCGUGUCCAUUUGACGAAAUUCUGACAACACUUCAUGAAAUUGAACGAAUCUGUUUGCAAUUACGUGACGUAGCGCCCGUUUCACCAAUAUUGUUACCAACUCUACUGAACUGUGUUCAUCGACCGUCUUUUAUUACUCCUAGGUCUCAGAUGAUUUUCGACGCGUCAAACGGUGAAGCCAAUUUAACAACAAUCAACGAGAACGUGAGAAGGAUGAUUGUAUUUGUGUUUGACUACGCGAACACGCUGAAACCAAUUGCUGACAUACUUCCUGAGGAAAAGAUCGCUUUGGUUCGGAACUGUGUCACACCAUUUUCGCUGUUGAUGUUGAGUUUCUACUCAGCCAAAAGCGAUUGUGACGAGAUUUUUCUGCCGUCCGGUCAUACACUAGGGUCUGAUUUAUGUUCUAAAUGUGGCAGUUUCAGGGCCGUGCGCAGAGCUUUCGUCGAUCAAGUGGUUCUUCAACUACGGAAAUUGCAUAUAUCCGAAACUGAAUUUCUAGCUCUAAAAGCCAUUAUGGCGCUUGAUCCCAAUGUGAAAGGCUUGUCGAUGAAAUCCUCUGGACAGCUACUUGUAGGACGUGAAUCUGUGCAGAAUGCAUUAUUCUCGCAUCUAAUGAUAAGACAUCACGCCUCGGAGGCCACAGCCCGAUUCGGCCAUCUUCUUCUAUUAAUCGCCUCUGUUACGAAAAUAUCGUCAAUGAUGAUCGGUUUGCUUCAAUUCAGUAGGGACAUGUCAGUACCAGUUGAUCCUCUAAUUGAAGAAUUACUGUUGAAAGACUACUAA